AUCUCAUGGCUGCUACUACUUUGCUUCUCCUCACAAAGAAAAUGCAGAAAUAAGGGAACUUGUGAGCCCUAUUAUUCAUUCUGGUGUCUCUUCUUUGACUCCUUUGGAAAACCAACCACAAAACAACACACCAAAAAGGGUCAAUGUUGGACUAAGAGAAAGUACUCUUUGAGCUCUACUCUUACUUCACCAACCAACCCUUCCUAUGGUGACUCAUGGGAAGAACAAGCUUUUGCAGAAGAUGCUGCUAAUUCUCUUGGUGGCUGUGUGUGGCCUCCAAGAUCAUACUCUUGUAGCUUCUGCAGAAGAGAGUUUAGGUCAGCACAGGCUCUAGGUGGCCACAUGAAUGUUCAUAGAAGGGAUAGAGCAAGGUUAAAGCAACAACCCUCAAGCCCCCACAAUGAAAUUCUAUGUCAUGAACUUAAAACUCAGCUCAACAAGCCAGUUCAAAGUCCUUUUUCUUCUUCUCUGGAUGAUUGCCUAUACCCUUCUGUUUGUGGAUUGCCUUAUAGAAAAGCUAAACCUAAUUCUUAUCAUGAUUUUGUUGCUUCACCUUCUUCACCCUCACAUUCCAAGCCCUUGUUGGCUCCAUCAGUUAAUAGUGGUAACCCCAGAGAGGAAACCAUGAUUCCGUUUUAUGAUUCCAGUGUUCUCCACAAGAUUUCUCCUGUCAGCAACUCUUCCGAAUCAUGGCCAAGUUUAGCUGAAGAUCAUAGAUUAUAUUCAUGUAAGUUUCAUCCUCAAGCUGAUUCCAAGAAACCCUCCAAGGGAAUAAUGGAUUCUAGAUGUAGGGGUGAUGAUAUUGAUGGAGAUAUGAGCUUGAAUUCAGUUGUGUGUAGCACUCACCCAUCUUUGCAGUUUGAGAGUACUAAAGAAGCAGAUCAUAUCAGUUGCAAGAAGAGGAAAACAGAUGCUUCUUCAUCACCAUUUUCACCAAAGUCAAGCUCAGUUGACAGACAUCAUGUGCAGACAAAGAUGUUUGAAUUUAGCCCUAGCUCAAUGGAAGAGCUGGAUCUGGAGUUAAGGCUUGGUAACAGGUCCAAGGUAUAGCAAGUAGCAUAAACAGAAAACACCACCCCACUGUUAAUGAAUAUAUAAAUUUAUUCUCUUUUUAUGUUCAUCCUAGUUUGUUUUCACUUCUUUCAAUACCUCACAAUAUUAAGGAAGCUUUUCAUCAUGUUUGAUUGGAUCUCCUGAGAGAGCCUCUGAAUACACAUCUGCAAUGUGUCAAUCAAGAUAACAAUGCUGCAAUUAUAUUGACAGGCUUGUAAUCUUCCCUUUUUUGUAGAUAGUGGCCAAACAGUGGAUUGUUUUUAAUAAAUGCAGAUUAAAUGACUUUGUAAUUUUGA